AUGAGGGUUCUCCUGUUAGCUCUUGCUGUGGCCCUUGCAGGUAAAUAUUCUAUUUCUCAUCUAAAACUAGACCUACAGUUUCGUCCUGGAUUGACCUACGUCUACGACUAUGAAGCUGUUGUCAAUACUGGCCUGCCUGAAGAAGGCCUGGCACGGGCUGGAUUCAAAAUCAAGUCCAUAGUCACGAUCCGCGCUGAAGGAGCUAACCUGGUCCUGCUGGAGCUCAAAGAACCUAAAAUCUUUGAAUUCAGUGGUUACUGGCCAAAAGAUGAGUUCACCGAGGCCCCUGCCCUCACUCAUCUACUGUCAGAGCACCUCCUGAAGGCGGUCAAGUUUGAGUACAUUAACGGUGCUGUCGGUAAAGUGUUCACACAAGAUGGCGUCCCUGAAUCUGUUGUGAAUAUCAUAAGAGGAAUCCUUAAUACCAUCAACCUGAAAAUCAAGAGUACUCAAAACGUCUAUGAACUGCAGGAGGCUGGAGCUCUCGGUGUGUGUAAGUCUCAGUAUGUCAUCAAAGAUGAUCCCAAGCGUGAUCUAAUCCUUCUGACCAAGACAAAGGACAUGAACGAAUGUCAGGAGAAGAUCAUCAAAGACAUUGGCCUGGCUUACACCGAGAGCUGCCCUGAAUGUGUGGCUAGGGAAAAGGUACUGAAGGGAGCUGCUGUUUCUAACUAUGAGAUCAAGCAAGAUGCACAAGCACAGUCCUACAUGAUCAUGGCCGUGACUGCUAUGGAACGCCUACAUUUCUCACCUUUCAACAUUUUGAAUGGCGCUGCCCAGAUGGAAGCUAAGCAAAGUCUGGUUUUCCGGGAGACAAAGACCACCCAAGAGGAGCCCAGCAGAGCUGUGUAUAAAGAGCAUGGCACCAUUCAGUAUGUAUUCAGCAAUGAGGCUCUACUGAACCCCAUCCACCUUCUGAAGUAUCAGAGCCCCCUUCAGCUUUCACAGCAUAUUCAAGAGAUCCUGAGGCAACUGAGGACGCAAAAUGUGGACCAGGCCCAUGAGAACGCCCCACAGCUGUUUAUUGACCUCGUGAUGUUGUUCCGUAAGGCCGCACGUGAGGACUUCAUUAACCUGUGGGAACAGUACAAGAACCAACCUGAAUACAGGCGCUGGCUUCUGUAUGGUAUUGUGCCUGCUGGUACUACUGCUGCUCUGAGGUUUAUUAAAGAUAGAGUCAGUGAACUCACAUUUGCUGAAACUGCUCAAGCUCUGAUGGGAUCUGCACAAAUGAUGAUUGCCAACGAGGAAACCAUCCGUGUUUUCCAGGAACUGAGUCGUGAAUUUGAAAACCAACCCUACCUGCAUGAGAUGGCCAUGAUGAGCUAUGGUACCCUGAUCGGCAAAUACUGUGCAGAGAACCCAACUUGCUCAGACGACUUUGUGAAGCCCAUUCAUGAACGCUUGGCAAACAAUGACCGUGAGAUGGCUUUGCUUCUUAAAGUGCUGGGUAAUGCUGGACAUCCUGCUAGCCUGAAGCCCAUAAUGAAGCUCCUGCCUGGUUUUGGCAGUGCUACUGUAGAUCUGAAAGUUCAACUUGAAGCUGUUGCAGCCAUGAAGAGGAUUGCAAAGAAGGAGCCCAAGAUGGUACAAGUCGUAGCUAUUCAGCUAUUCCUGAACCGGGAAAUUCAACCAGAACUCCGUAUGGCUGCUGCUAUGACUUUAUUUGAGACCAAGGUUUCUAUGGCUAUGGCAUUUACAAUUGCCAAUGCCGUCUUGCAAGAAUCAAACAUGCAGCUUGCUAGCUUUGUCUACACUUACAUGAAUUCCAUGGCAAAGAACACCGCCCCUGACCUCGCUUCUGCUGCUGCUGUCUACAAAGUUGCUUUGAGGAUCCUCAAUCCUGUAUUUGGCAGAAAGAGCCUCCGCUACAGCAAAGCUCUGUAUUUUGAUGCCUUCUACGAGCCCUGGAUGGUUGGUGCUGCUGGCAGUGUUUUCAUCAUCAAUAAGGCUGCCACUAUUGUGCCACAAGCCGUGAUAGCCAAAGCACGAAGCUACCUGGCAGGUGCUUAUGCUGAUGUUUUUGAGAUUGGAGUGAGAACUGACGGACUUCAGGAUGCUCUUAUGAAACUCCACAAACCUCUUGAAGGAGCUGAGAAGAAACUCAGGAUGAGGGAGCUUGUGAAGAUUCUCUCUGACUGGACAGCUUCACCCUCACGUGAUCCUCUGCUCUCACUGUCUGUGAAAUUCUUUGGACAAGAAAUUGCCUUUGCCAACAUUGACCAGACCAUAAUUGAUCUGUUUACUCAGGUAUUGGGACCUAAAUUUGCUGAACAAGGAAAGGAGCUUGUACGUACUCUGACGGGUCCUGGAGUCGUGCAUACCAUCUCUCAGCCACUGCUGGGUGCUGAGGUCCGACGCAUUAUUCCCAGUUCUGUUGGUCUGCCUUAUGAUGUGACUUUCAUUACUGCUGCUGUGGCCGCUGCAUCUCUUGAGGCUCAAGCCACCGUGACACCAGCUCUGCGUGAGCAGGACAACUAUGCUGCCCAGCUUCUUAAGUCUGACAUCAACCUGAGGGCUGCAUUUACACCAAGUGUUUCCGUCCACACUUAUGCACUGGUAGGAGUAAACAGUGAAUUCCUCAAGGCUGGGCUGCGGACCACUGCCAAAGUUCACACAGUUCUUCCUGUAAAACUGCAAGCAAAGGUUGAUGUAAAUGAGGGCAACUAUGUGUUUUCCUGGCAUCCAGAUCAGACCAUGAAUAAGAUUGCAUCUGCACAUGUUGACACUAUGGCUGUUGUGGAAGACAUGUCAGCUUCCAAAGAAACACCUCUGAUUCCAACUAAAACAACCUCUACUUCACAGAUGGUGUCUGCUAAUGUUGAAAGCUCAUCAUACUCAUCUGAAAUCAUUCCUAUUUACCCGCCAACAUACAAACAUGUGGAGAAAUAUAGGAUCCCCAGGUCCUACAAGAAGAAGCUGUGUGGAGGAUUUAAGACCUAUGAAAUCAAAGCAUGUGCCCAGAUUAAAUCUCGCAGCGCUGCUUUUAUCAGGGAGAGCCCACUGUAUGCUGUGAUGGGACACCAUGCUUUUUCAGUUGACGUUCAUAGAGGUGACGGGCUUGAGAGCAUCCAAAUUGAGAUCCAGACUGGAGAGAAAGCAGCUGAAAAGAUUAUCAAAAGGAUGAGCCAAAGUGAGGAAGAAGAAAUUCUUGAAAACAAGAAUGUCCUGUUGAAACUCAAGAAAAUCCUGGUUCCUGGUCUGACAAACAGCACCGGCUCUUCCUCCAGCUCCAGUCGCUCUCACUCUUCCUCAUCAUCCGUUUCUUCCCAUUCCUCCCACUCCUCCCAUUCCUCCCGUUCCUCCCGUUCCUCCCGUUCCUCCAGUUCUUCCAGUUCAUCCAGAUCUUCCUCUUCCUCCUCUCACACAGUGUUGAGCAGGAUGGUACAGCAAAAGAGCAGCUCUUCCUCCUCAUCUACAUCCAGUCAAUCCUCCUCCAGGUCUUCCAGUAGAUCUUCUAGCAGCAGAUCAUCUCGUCGUUCCAGCCGCAGAUCUUCAAGCUCUAGCUCUUCUAGGUCUAGCUCUCAGUCACGGCCUGUGUCUGACAGAAGCAGCAGCCACCAAAGUUAUGAACAGUUCACCAAGCUCAAGUACCUUUCAGAUGUCAUCACCCCUUUUGCAGUCGUUCUCAUCACUGCAAGGAAAUCUGACAACCUGGUUCGGGGUUACCAGAUCGCCGGUUACAUGGACAAACCUAAUGCCAGAGUGCAGGUCAUUGCUCUUCCACUGGCUGAAAAUGAUCCCUAUAAAUUCAUUGUUGACGGUGUGAUGCUCAGCGAACACAAGAUGAUGGCCAAGCUGAACUGGGGUAAGAAUGGCAAACAGUAUGAUACCAACAUCACUGCUGAGACAGGUCUUAUGCAUGACCAGCCUGCAUUCCGCCUGAAGAUGGCCUGGAAGAGACUUCCAUGCACCAUGAAGCACAAGGCACAAUGGAUGGUUAAGUACAUUCAUAAAAUUAUUGAAGCAACUGGCGCUGACUUGGCAAAGGGCAGGAGGAACAUGCACAAGCAGGUCAAAAUGACUGUGGUGGCCACUUCUGACGCAAGUUUGAACAUCACAGUUAGGAUUCCAAAGGUGACCAUACACAAAAAUGAUGUGGCUCUCCCAUUCUCUCUGAAACUCGGAGAACUUGAACCAUAUGUGCAUAACAUGAUUGAAAAAUUCUACUACAUGCUUCUCAAGCCUCAUUCUGCUGAAUGUUCUGUUGAUGUAACAAACAAACUGAGGACAUUCAAUGACGUGAUGUUCACCAAUCACAUGGCCACCGCUUGCUACCAGAUUCUUGCUCAGGAUUGCACCCCAGAACUCAGGUUCAUUGUUCUCCUGAAGAAGGAUGCUAGAGAUAACAACUACAUUACUGUGAAGAUUGCAGACAUUGAUGUGGACAUGUUUGUGGAGAACGGUGAGGUCAAAGUCAAGGUCAACAACCAUCUGAUCUCCAAAGAUGACACAUAUCAACAAGAUAAAAUUGUGCUCAAGUACGUGGAUGAGAAGGCUGUCCUGUUUGCGCCCUCAUAUGGUCUCGAUUCUCUCCACUAUGAUCUGAGGGAACAAAAGGUUAAAAUUGUGGAGGCGAUGAGAGGAAAGACUUGUGGACUUUGUGGAUGGAGUGAUGGAGAACAGGAACAAGAGUACCGUAUUCCAAACAGACGUGUCACCAAGAAUGCCGCCAGCUUUGGUAAUUCCUGGGUCAUGCCUGGAAGGAACUGCACCAGAGAUAUCUUUGCUUGUAACCAGAAUAAACAAUCUGUGAAGCUGGAUAGGCAUGUGAAUAUCCAGGGCGUGGAGUCUAGAUGCUACUCUACUGACAGUGUGCUGCGCUGUAUGGAAGGUUGCCAGCCCCUGAGGACCACCGCUGUCUCUAUGAACUUCCACUGCAUGCCUGCCAAUUCUAACAUGGCCCGCACUGAGAUUCUGAGCAACAUCUAUGGGAAGACUGUGGAUCUGACAGAAAACGUAGAUGCCCACCUGGCCUGUCGCUGCUCUGCCCAGUGCGCCUGAAGUUAGAGCAGAAUCUGUACGCUC